CGUUGCCUUAGUUGUCUAGUUGCCAUGGUAGCAGUUGCGCCCGAAGAAACUGUCGAAACAGCGAAUGGCAGCUAACUUACUGAAAAGAAAGAUCAUUUCCGUGAAAUAAUUAUGAUGGAUGUAUCUUCCAGUGGGGAGAGUGGGGAAGCCGUGAUGGAUGUCCCUGGUGGGGGUCUGUGGAACUGCCCCCGUGUGCCACACUACAGCAGGGAAACGCAGCAGAUGCUCCAGUUGAUGAUGCGAGAAGCACAUCUCACGCUGCGCCAGCAGAGACAGCUCAAAAUGGUCAUCAACAAAGAGGGAGCCCUUCCUGUCAUCCGCCACUCCAGACCAGUGACAUCAUCUCCACAGCCCAGUAUCCAGGCGAAAGCAGCUGGCUUGUCUGGCAGACCACAGAAGCGCAGCGCCAAAAUGUGUCGUUCUGGAAACAGCUACGAAAGAGAGAUGUUCCGCCCCAGUGCAACUCGAGAUCGGGAGAAGGAGAAAACGAGGCUGCAGAAGAUUCUGGCUGAUGGGAAGGAGGAGCCAAAGCCCUGCCCUCCACAGCAGUGUGUCCCGAGCGGGAUGGGAGAGCCGGAGAGCGGAGACCGGUUCCAAGAGGUUGUGGACGAGAUUAAAGACAGGAUGAAUUUUCUGGAGGAGAUGUCGGCUCUUGGGAAGAGGAAGCAGUACCAGAACAUCAUUGAGACUGAGAUUUCACAGAAAAUCCGGGAGCUUGAGCUGAUUGACAAGGCUUGCAGUGCAGACCUGGGGAGUGAAACGGACAGCGAGGCUGGGAGAGACACACCACUGAACUCGACAGGCAGUCCCUUUUCAGGCUGCUGACUGGCGACUGUUACCUCAGAACGUACGAUGUAUAAAUGUGCUGCACAGACACAAGUCGGUUGUUUGAUGGUUAUCUGUAUUUUUAUAAAUUGUUUUAAUUAUUUAAAUACGUUAUAUUUACAAGGAAAUUCAUAAAACUGCCUAACGAUAACUGCAUCAAGUAGCCUUUUCAUUUAUAUUUUGUUGGACCAAGAACCAAUUUUGGUUUCACAAUACUGUAAGGCCGAGACAUAUUUACAAACCAUUUGCAAUGCAAUUUUCAUUGCAGUUUGCACAUUCAUAUUUUUCUGCACAGUCAUGCCCCCUUCAUAAUUUUCCUCAGAGCAGUGCACAUUAAUAGCAUUCAGACCACGGUGCCAGUAUGUUCAGAAAUAAUGUUUAAACUAGGUUAUGCUUUCAGCUUACAACAUUUUCCAGCUCAGACACCAUUCUUUUUUCUGUUGGGAGUUUCAUCUGCUUUUUAUCAAAACAGACGCAAUAUUGUUCACCACUAUUGUGCUGUUAAAACAGUUUGUAAAACUUUGAUUGUUUAACUUUUGUGGUGAAAUACUGCAUUGAACAACUUACAGGUUGAGACUUACCAGUAAAGUGUCUUAGACUGGCUGUGGUUCAUAUUUGCUACACGUUUCUACAUGCAACUGGGUGAUCUGGAAAAGUUCCGAUUCAAACACGUAUGUACACAAAGGAGCUUACAGUUUCCUUACCACAUACUAAAGCAAGCCAUCUAUGCUACUUGCAUACUUCUUAAGCAUGCUGAUGGUAAAAAUACACAAGUCUACAGUUUAGUUUCAUUAACUUAUUUUAUUUCUCCUGAUUUCUAUAUGUUCAUGUUUUGUUCGGGUUUUUUGUACAGACAGUGCAUAACAUUUCCGGUUCCCUACAAAAGCCCUUUGUGUUACAGUAAAUAGGCAGAUGGAUACAUAAAAACA